GUGGAAACCCAUGUACCGAUACGACCACCGACUGUCUCACCUGAUACUGAUAAGGAAUCGAAGGAGGAUGUUUCGAGUAGAUCUGAACAGGGUGAACCUGUUUCCGUGAAUCAACAACCGCCAUCUGUUCAGUCACAUCACGUUGAAAUGAAGGUGUCUGGAACCGAACAUGUGGAAACCCAUGUACCGAUACGACCACCGACUGUCUCACCUGAUACUGAUAAGGAAUCGAAGGAGGAUGUUUCGAGUAGAUCUGAACAGAGUGAACCUGUUUCUGUGAAUCAACAACCGCCAUCUGUUCAGUCACAUCACGUUGAAAUGAAGGUGUCUGGAACCGAACAUGUGGAAACCCAUGUACCGAUACGACCACCGACUGUCUCACCUGAUACUGAUAAGGAAUCGAAGGAGGAUGUUUCGAGUAGAUCUGAACAGGGUGAACCUGUUUCUGUGAAUCAACAACCGCCAUCUGUUCAGUCACAUCACGUUGAAAUGAAGGUGUCUGGAACCGAACAUGUGGAAACCCAUGUACCGAUACGACCACCGACUGUCUCACCUGAUACUGAUAAGGAAUCGAAGGAGGAUGUUUCGAGUAGAUCUGAACAGAGUGAACCUGUUUCUGUGAAUCAACAACCGCCAUCUGUUCAGUCACAUCACGUUGAAAUGAAGGUGUCUGGAACCAAACAUGUGGAAACCCAUGUACCGAUACGACCACCGACUGUCUCACCUGAUACUGAUAAGGAAUCGAAGGAGGAUGUUUCGAGUAGAUCUGAACAGGGUGAACCUGUUUCUGUGAAUCAACAAUCGCCAUCUGUUCAGUCACAUCACGUUGAAAUGAAGGUGUCUGGAACCGAACAUGUGGAAACCCAUGUACCGAUACGACCACCGACUGUCUCACCUGAUACUGAUAAGGAAUCGAAGGAGGAUGUUUCGAGUAGAUCUGAACAGGGUGAACCUGUUUCCGUGAAUCAACAACCGCCAUCUGUUCAGUCACAUCACGUUGAAAUGAAGGUGUCUGGAACCGAACAUGUGGAAACCCAUGUACCGAUACGACCACCGACUGUCUCACCUGAUACUGAUAAGGAAUCGAAGGAGGAUGUUUCGAGUAGAUCUGAACAGGGUGAACCUGUUUCUGUGAAUCAACAACCGCCAUCUGUUCAGUCACAUCACGUUGAAAUGAAGGUGUCUGGAACCGAACAUGUGGAAACCCAUGUACCGAUACGACCACCGACUGUCUCACCUGAUACUGAUAAGGAAUCGAAGGAGGAUGUUUCGAGUAGAUCUGAACAGAGUGAACCUGUUUCUGUGAGUCAACAACCGCCAUCUGUUCAGUCACAUCACGUUGAAAUGAAGGUGUCUGGAACCAAACAUGUGGAAACCCAUGUACCGAUACGACCACCGACUGUCUCACCUGAUACUGAUAAGGAAUCGAAGGAGGAUGUUUCGAGUAGAUCUGAACAGGGUGAACCUGUUUCUGUGAAUCAACAAUCGCCAUCUGUUCAGUCACAUCACGUUGAAAUGAAGGUGUCUGGAACCGAACAUGUGGAAACCCAUGUACCGAUACGACCACCGACUGUCUCACCUGAUACUGAUAAGGAAUCGAAGGAGGAUGUUUCGAGUAGAUCUGAACAGGGUGAACCUGUUUCCGUGAAUCAACAACCGCCAUCUGUUCAGUCACAUCACGUUGAAAUGAAGGUGUCUGGAACCGAACAUGUGGAAACCCAUGUACCGAUACGACCACCGACUGUCUCACCUGAUACUGAUAAGGAAUCGAAGGAGGAUGUUUCGAGUAGAUCUGAACAGGGUGAACCUGUUUCUGUGAAUCAACAACCGCCAUCUGUUCAGUCACAUCACGUUGAAAUGAAGGUGUCUGGAACCGAACAUGUGGAAACCCAUGUACCGAUACGACCACCGACUGUCUCACCUGAUACUGAUAAGGAAUCGAAGGAGGAUGUUUCGAGUAGAUCUGAACAGGGUGAACCUGUUUCUGUGAAUCAACAACCGCCAUCUGUUCAGUCACAUCACGUUGAAAUGAAGGUGUCUGGAACCGAACAUGUGGAAACCCAUGUACCGAUACGACCACCGACUGUCUCACCUGAUACUGAUAAGGAGUCAAAUGUGGAUGUUUCACAAGUUUCAUAUUCCACCUCGUCAAGCGACAUUUUGGACAAUGAUAGUCAUAUAGAAUCUAAUAUGUCAACUUCACAUUUUUCAUUGCAUGAUCGUAAACAAGGAGUCAUCACCAGUGAUCUCAUCGGUGUUCAAGAUAUUGGAAUAAUUUAUUCCUCAGAUGUAAAUAGCUCUAUUCUUUCAUCCGUUUCACGAAAAGUGUCUGAGGAUCAAAUUAUUUUCAAUCAUCACAGUGUUCCCGUUCACUUAGGUUUGAUACAAUGUAUAUACUGGGCAGCAAACGCUAGCUUUGAUAAAACGUAUUCUAAAAAUGUUAGAUCACCUUUUUCGCGCUUCUUAGUCAAUGGAUUUAGGUACUUCUUUGCAGCUGCUAACGUUUCUCUGCAGUAUUUACCAGAAAACAUUAUUUCCAAUUUAGAUAAUUUUUUGCUUGAAACAUUUUCUUUAUCAGUAAAUUUCAUUAUUGCUUGGAUGAUUUUUAUAUUUCACUUAAUUUUUAUGUGGAAUCUAAGUAAGGGCGUACAUUUCCUUCUAUCUAAAUACAUUUUUUCUGAAAAAUGCACAUCUCCAUCUCUCGUAGAAUAUCUAAAACUUGAGGAGUAUAGCAUUCAACUAGCUAGCCAACUUUCAGAUAUGGAAGAAUCUAAUUCUCAUUUAUCUAAAUGGGCUAAUUCACUUUCAUGCACUCUUCAAAAUCUACAGGAAGAAUAUACUUCCAAAUUAUCUGAAAUGACAUUAUCUGUGGAUGAUUCUCGGGAAUCUUUCAUACGUGCUCAAUCGGAGUUGAAUCAUUUAAAAAAUACUCAUAAUUCACUGGAACAAAACUUACGUUUGAAGUUAACUGAUAAAGAAGAAGUCAUUCAUGAAUUAAAUUCAGAAAUUAAUCGUCUGAAACAAUUACACUCUGAAAAUGAUGAUAAAUGGAAGAAAAGUCUUUUAGAUCUAGAAGAAAGUAACCGUAAGUCAAUAGAAGAAUUGAAAGAGGAACAAGAACAGUUAUAUUCUCAAGCUAAUUUAUAUUAUAAUCGCAUGAAGACGAUGCAAUCAGAGGUCGACAAAAUUUUAGAAUCUAGAAAAGCAUCUGAGGAAAAGUUACUGAUUAAAGAAGCAGAAUUUCAAAGUUUGCUUGCUACUUUUAAUACGCUUAAAGGUCUUGAGGUGAUUUUUGAACAGGAAUCUUCCUCAAAACAGGAAACAAAUGAUAUGGAAGAACGUGAAGUAACCACCACUGACAACCUAUCUAAUGUUAGUCGCACGUUAGAGGAUGACGUGGAGAUUAGCGAUAAGUCAAGCAUUAUUUCCGAAAGUGCUUUGUGUGAUUUAAUUGAAGUCGAUGAAAAGACUACAGAAAAAUCUAGAUUACAGAAGAAUUUAUCAUUGCUCUUAGAUGUUGGUCGUUUGCAUGCUCAAAUCAGACUUAAAGAUGAACAAAUUAAAGCUGAAGAGUCUAAAGCAAAAAAUGAACAUGAUCUUCGAGUUGAAGUUGAAUCCAAAAUGGAAGAGAUAGAAAGAGAGAAUUCAACUCUUAAAGCUAAUUUAAUUCAUAUUGAACAAGAAAGAAAUGCUUAUCAAACAAAGCUUGAUAUUUUAUCCUGUUAUUUUAAAGAACGUGAACUUGAACUGCAAAGGGAUUUAGGUAAGCAUGUCGUAGUUGGUUCAGAAUCUUCCGAAGCCCUUGUGCACAGUCGAAAGCGUAAUCAAGAGCUUGAGGGGGAAGUUAAAGUAUUACGAGAUCAAAUGGCAGCUUUACGUCGAGAGCUAGUGGAAACUGAAAGAACUAGUAGGCGUCAAAUAUCGGAGUUAGAUAAACGUUCUCAUGAAAAUUGGUUAGCAGCUCGUGCGUCUGACCACCAAAUUCAAGAUCUACGUGAAGAAAACUUCAGUUUGCGACAAAAGCUCAUUGAAUCAGAGAACAAUGCAUUACGAUCGUCAAUGCGCACCAUCCCGGAAAAAAUAAAUAGUUCAUCUCGUGAGAAAAUUAUGAACAUUUUCACAAGACCUAUUUUACCACUAGAAUUUAUGAAAAAUCCAAGUUUAAGAGAUGUACGCUCUCAAUCAAAAAAUUCUCUAACAAAUUUAACAUCCCAACGGCCAGUAGCAGAAGCUAAUCCAUUCCCAUUCAUCCCAACACCACCCCGAGGAACAAUGCCUUUUUCAGGUGGACUUCAAAGAGAUGUCAUACCAACACCAACAAGGCCUCUUUUGCCAGGAUUUCCUCCAGUGCAAAUGAGUUUCCCGUCAGCAUUUUUAGCUCCCCCAUUCGCGCCCGUCACGAAAGCGAUGACUGACCAAAAUAAUAAACAAAAUAGUUCCCCUUCUUCUGUAAGCAGUUCACUAAAGUAAUUUUAGAUCUAUAACGCUUUGUUUAGUAUGUGGUUUUUCUUGCAUUUUAAUCUUCCGUUCUCUACGUUCCGAUUGUUUCGUUGUGGUAUUAUUAUUUAGGUUAUUUUGAAUCAGGCUGUAAAGUGAUAAUAUUUUUACAUUUGGUCUUUUGAUAAUAAGUAUGUCCAGAUAUUAUAUUUCAGAUUACAUAUAUCAAGAAUAAUAUUUUAAACAUUAGUUGGUUAUUGCACAAAAAAAUCUUUUAUUCUGUGUUCGUACUUACGAAAAUGUUUCUGUUUGUUAUUUAUUGCUCCGAUAUUACUUUAUGUGUUUAUAAUGAACCAUUUUUGUUUUUGAUGAAUAAUGGUUCUUGAGUCAUUCGCUUUAUUAAAGAAAAUGUUCUAAAUUAGUGAAAAGUAUGUAUUUUUGUCAUUUCAUUAUCUAUUGUCUACCAACUGUCCUAAAGUAAUAUUACUGAAUUGUUUGAGUUCAUUGAAGAUAAUUAUUUGGUUUAUAUCUCAG